GCGGCCGCGCGGGCAUGGAGACGCCCGGCGGGACCGUGAGCGCCGCGGUCCGGGAGCACCUGAGGCAGUUGUGUCUUCGCGACUUCCCGUGCGGCACCGGCAGCUGGAAUAAGUCACGUUUUCUUCCUCGAACUUGGCGAACAUGGAGGGAGCUGAUCCCCAGAGACGAGGAGGCCGUGAGCCCCGGGGAGGAGACGGUGGAGGCCCUGUUGGGCCUGGUCCGCAGCCCCCACUCCCCCUGGGCUCUGCUGGAGGGCUCCAGUGCAGAGGACCGUUUUCUGAGAGAACUGGCCAUCCAGAAUCCCCUGAUGCUCAAGGACACCUUCUUCUACUCCUACUUCAGGUCCCUACGAGUGGUGGACAAGCAGGUGAGCUUGGUGGAUAAAGACCUCCUGAAAUUUCUAAAUCUUGAAGAGUUGGUACUGAGUGCUAAUCAAAUCCAGGAGAUCGAGGCUGUCAACCUGCCCCCAACUCUCAAGGUGCUGGAGCUCUAUGGCAACGAGAUCCGCAGCAUGGAGUGUCUGUGCGCUGCCCCGCCCCCGCGACUCCAGCACUUGGGGUUGGGUCACAACAAGCUUCUGGGCCCCCUGGAAAGUCUCUAUGUCACCUCCAACCACUGGCCCAACCUCGUCUCUCUGGACCUGAGCUUCAACGACCUGACGGACCUGCAGGGCAUGAUGGCCAGCCUCAGCACCCUCAGCCGCCUGAGGCUGCUGGUGCUUCAGGGGAACCCGCUGGCCCUGCUGCCCUACUACCGAGGCUUCACCAUUGACAGCCUGUCCCAGCUCUGCGUGCUGGACGACAUCACCGUGUCUCCCAGCGAGAAGCAUCAGUUCCGGGGGCUCGGCCGCAGUGGGGACCUCUUGGCACGUCAGGCACAGCUCGUGGUGACCAUUGGAAAUGUCAAGGGGGUUCAGGACACCUCUGUCUUAGACCCGGAACCAGGGCCCCAAGGCCCUUUUAUCACUUACAGCUAUUAUGUGACCUACGAUUUUGUAGAAGAGGAAGAAGGAGAAGAAAGUGAAUAUGGUGGUGUCCUGGCAGAGAUCGUCAUGCCCUCGCCCAGCGCCGAACAGCUGUCCGAGGACAUUCCGGAGGACGUUCCCGAAGAGGUCUUCGAAGAGCACGAGGACUCUGCGGAGUCCGGGCUGUCCGCCCAGUCGGAAGAGCGCGAGGAUUCGCUCGUGUCGGGCGGGUCGGCGCCCUUGCCCGGGGUGGCCGACUCCGCGGAAGAGCUGGCCGAGCUGCGGCCGCGAAGAGACCCCCGGCUCUGCCCCUCCCCAGG